UCUCUCUCUCUCAAAAAAAAAAAAAAAAAAAAAAAACAAUAAUAUUCCUCUCUCCUUAUACACAAGAUGCCCAUUAUAACCUCAUUCUCCUUGCUCUCAAACCCUUCUUCUUCUUAUUCUUCUUCUCAAUCACCUUCUCUCAUGUUACUCACCUCUCCCUCCACCAUUACCAUUACCAUCACCAUUACCAUCAUAAUCACCAUUAUCACCUUUCUCUACACAACUCGGCGCCGAGUUCUACAACCUACAACAAAAGUCGGCAACGACUUUACUGCAAGUACCUGUUACGGCCCCAAAACCUACCCCAUUAUCGGCUGCUUGAUCCCCUUCUACCAAAACCGGCACCGGCUCCUCGACUGGUACACCGAGCUCGUCGCCGCGUCGCCGACGCAGACGAUCGCGGUCCGCCGCCUCGGCGCGCGGCGCACCGUCGUCACCGCCAACCCCGCGAACGUCGAGCACGUCCUCAAGUCGAACUUCGCCAACUACCCCAAGGGCCGCCCGUUCACCGACAUCCUCGGCGACCUCCUCGGCCGCGGCAUCUUCAACGCCGACGGCGCCCUCUGGCACGCGCAGCGCAAGCUCGCCAGCCACGAGUUCUCCGUGCGGUCACUGCGCCGGUUCGUGGCCGGCGAGCUUGCUGCCGAGACGCGCCACCGCCUGCUGCCCGCCCUCGCCGCCGCCGCCCGCGACCGACACGCAGUCGACAUUCAGGACCUGCUCCGGCGCUUCGCAUUCGACACGGUGUGUCAGGUGGCGCUCGGAUGGGACCCGCACUACCUCGACCCGUCGUCACCGACGCCCCCCGAAUCCGACCUCGCCGACGCCUUCGAGGCCGCGUCGGCCAUCAGCGCGCGACGGGGGUCUGCGCCGGUCGCCUUCGUCUGGAAGGUGAAGCGGGCGCUGCGCAUCGGGUCCGAGCGGCGGCUCCGGCGGGCCGUAGCCCUGAUCCGGAGCUCCAUCUCGGACCUGAUCCAGCGCCGCAGAGAUGAAAUUAAAAAAAAUAACAAAGGUAACAUAGAAAAAUACAAGGACCUACUAUCGAGGCUGAUAUUGGAAGGCCACGACGACGACACAGUGCGUGACAUGGCCGUAAGUUUUGUCGUGGCGGGGGGCGACGCACUGACGUGGCUCUUCUACCUGCUCUCGGGCCACGCGCGCGCAGAGUCGGAGGUGGCACGGGAGGUCGGGCAACGACACGGCGCGCUGGAGUACGAGGCGCUGAAGGAGCUGAAGGUCCUGGAGGCUUCCAUAUACGAGGCCAUGCGGCUGUACCCGCCGGUGGUGUGGGACUCCAAGCACGCGGAGCGUGCGGACGUGCUGCCGGACGGCACAAAAAUUGAGGCCGGGGACAGGGUGACGUACUUUCCGUACGGGAUGGGGAGAAUGGAGAGCCUGUGGGGCGACCGGUGGCACGAGUUCGAGCCGCGGCGGUGGCUCACAACGACAUCGGAGAGCGGCUGUUGUAGUAGUAGUAGUAGCAGCAGCAGCAACAGCGACGGUGGCGGUGUCGAUGGUGAUCAGGUUGCGGUGGUUAGGGUUUCGGCGUACCGAUACCCAGUGUUCCAGGCGGGGCCGAGAGUGUGCAUGGGGAAGGAAAUGGCGAUAGCGCAGAUGAAGUACGUCACGGCAGCAGUGCUCGGGAGGUUCGAGCUGCGGCGGGCCGCGGAGGCAGAGGAGGAGGGGGCCCGGGGACGCCCCGCGGUGGUGGUGCCGCGGCUCACGGCGCACAUGGAGGGGGGGCUGAGGAUGAUGGUGGUGGAGAGGGGGAGGAGAUGAGGGGAUAUGUUAAUUAAGCUUUUGAUUUAGGUGGUUAAUUGAUUAUGAGUAAUGAUAAAUUAAUUAUGUGGUUAAUUAAUUAGUUAAUGUUGUUUUGUUUAUUUAAUUUUUAAUCAUAUAUGGUAGCAGUAUUAUAAUGCAUCAUUAAUGGUAAUUGUGUACAGGUUCUUUGAUAUCUUAAAAA